AUGAACUCUUCUUCGGUACUAUGUCGAAAUUGCCAGCAGCUCCAAAUGGUCUGCCCUGAAUGCUUAGGGAAUCCAACUGGUGCUUGCGGGUUUGGCGAAUAUGGAAGAACCAUAAAUGAUGCCAAUGUAGCUGGAGUUUCUAAGCUAUACAAGAAUGGAAGUGGCUGUGGUGCUUGCUAUAAGGUUAGGUGCAAGGCGCCAGAGUGCAGUCAAGAUGGAGUGAUUGUGGUGGUGACAGACUACGGUGAAGGGCAUGGGACAGACUUCAUUCUGAGUGCUCGUGCUUAUGGAAGACUGGCACUUCCGAACGCAGCAGUUCAGCUGUUCGCCUAUGGUGUGGUUGACGUAGAAUAUAAGAGAGUCCCUUGCCAUACCCUGGCUGAGACCCAGCGGUGGAGGAGUAUGAGAAGGGCCUAUGGAGCAGUAUGGGACUGCGCUAAUCCUCCAAAAGGUGCACUCACAUUCAGGAUGCAAGUGAGUGGAAGUGCAGGGGUGAAGUGGUUGCAGAUGAAUAACGUGGUUGCUAGUGAAUGGAAGGCUGGGCUGGUUUAUGACACUGCCAUUCAACUUACUUAA